GGUGCGCAUGCGUCGCGCAGGAAACGUGCCGACGCGCUCCGUGGGCGCCUGGGUGUGCGCGCGGGAAGAUGGCUGAGCCGGUGCCCAAGUCGGUGCUGUUCGUGUGUCUGGGUAACAUCUGUCGGUCGCCCAUUGCGGAAGCAGUGUUCAGAAAACUUGUCACUGACCAAAAGCUUUCAGAUCACUGGGUCAUUGACAGCGGCGCUGUUUCUGACUGGAACGCGGGCCGGUCACCAGAUCCAAGAACUCUGAGCUGCCUCAGAAAUCAUGGCAUUAACACGGCCCAUAAGGCAAGACAGGUUACCAAGGAAGACUUUGCCACAUUCGAUUAUAUACUGUGUAUGGAUGAAAGCAAUCUGAGAGACUUGAAUAGAAAAAGUAAUCAAAUUAAAAACUGCAAAGCUAAAAUUGAGCUACUUGGGAGCUAUGAUCCACAAAACCAACUCAUUAUUGAAGACCCCUAUUAUGGGAAUGAGUCCGACUUCGAGACUGUCUACCAGCAGUGUGUGAGGUGCUGCAAGGCCUUCCUGGAGAAGGCCCGCUAAGGCCCCACCCGCGCCCCCCUCGUGCCCCGCUGGGCCCCGCAGGCUCUCCUGUAAGGCUGCAUGCCUCCUUCACUCGACCCUCAGCUGCUUACCUUAAGUCAUUGUAGACGGAAAUCAGUUACUGUGUUUGACAGACAAAUAAAUAAAAAUGUUUCGUGCA